AACAGAAUACAAGCAAUCAUCAUUUCACAAGCUUAUUACAUAUGACAACUCACUCUUAGUCCCUAGAGGUGGUUUCAAAUUUUUGGGUUCUUGGAAUGAGCUCUUUUGUUUUCGUGCUAAACUGUAUAAAAUAAUAAUUUGGAAUCCUUCAUCAAAUGGAAACCUCAAGACAAUCCUAGAUGUGUUGUGUUUGGACUACAUGAGCAUCUUUGGAUUUGGAUACUAUGAGCAUAAUGAUGACUACAAGGUUUUGUAUGCUUAUUAUUCUAACAAAGGUGAUGAGAAUGUGGUUUUGGUGUACAGUUUUAAGUAUGAGUCAUGGAAAAGAAGUGAUAGAGGGUCUAGUAGUGGGUUUGUUAAUCCCAUAAUUGUUGUGUUUGUGAGUGGUAAUCUCAAUUGGUGCAACAAUAAGUUAGAUGAUAGUGACUGGGAAUGGAACAUAAUUUCUUUCAGUUUGACCACUGAAACUGCCAAAGCUAUAACGUUACCCAACUAUAAACAUGAGGCUACUAUUUUUAUAAGCGAAUCAAGAAGAUUGCUUUUUUCAAGUUUUCAUCUCAAAGGUGAAAUGGAAGUUUGGGUAAUGAAUGUGUAUGCCAUUGAAGAAUCUUGGAUUAAACUAGUAUGCAUUUCAAACUUACCAGUUCAUCAUCCACUUACUCGGGGUUUAGACAACACUGCAUACAUGGCUAUGUGUAAUGCUAAACUCUCAAUUGCACAUGUUUAUGAAAAUGGUGAUAUUCUAAUGAUGGUUAGGCAUCAGCUAAGCUCCAUAGGCCUAAUGGUAAAAGGGGUUAGAAUUUUAAUAUCCCCUAUGUUCUUGGUUAUACGGUAAUUAGUUAUGUGGACACCCUUAGCUUGUUUCACUAGCCUUGAUUGGUCUGUAAAACUAGCCUUGAUUGGUCUGUAAAUGAUGAUUUAUGAAGUGGGCUGGCUACUAGGCGGUCAACAACAACAGUCUUGAGGGCGGCCCGCCCAGUCAACCUAGUGUACCAUCCAUCAACAUGAACCAUUAACUUAGGAUUGUUGUUGUUGACUACCUAGUAGCCAGCCCACUUCAUCAAUCAUCAUUUACAGAUCGAUCAUGGCUGGUGAAAUAACGGUCUCCAUAUAACUAGUUACCAUAUAACCAAGAGCAUAGGGGAUAUUAAAAUUCUUACCCCUUUUAGCUCAGCCGAUGCCCAACCAUGCAUCAUUAGAAUAUCACCAUUUUCAGAAACAUGUGCAAUUGCAAGUUUAUCAUUACAUAUAGCUAUAUGCACUGUUCUCUAAACCCCGGGGAAGUAGAUGCUGAAUUAGUAAGUUUGAAAUGCAGACUAGUUUUGUCCAAGAUUCUUCAACUCCAUACUCAAUCAUCUCCCAAACUUCCAUUUGACGUUUGUGAUGAAAACCUGCAAAAAGAAAUCCUCUUGAUUAACUUAUACAAAUAGCAGCCCCAUGUUCAUGGCUGGGUAACACCAUAGCUUUGGUCGUUUCAGUGGUUAAGUUAAAAGAAAUUAUAUUCCAAUUCCAGUCACUGUCGACUAAGUUGUUGUUGCACCAGUUGAGACUACCACUCACAAACACAACAAUUAUAGGAUUAACAAACCAACUACUAAACCCUCUUUCACUUCUGUCCCAUGACCCAUGCUUAAAACUGUACACCAAAACCACAUUCUUAUCACCAUUGUUAGCAUAAUAAGCAUAAACAAACUUGUAGUCAUCAUUACGCUCAUCGUUCCCAAGUCCAAAAAUACUCAUGUAGCCCAACUGCCAGACAUUUGGGGUUGUCUUGAGGUUUCCGUUUGGUGAAGGGUUCCAAAUGAUUACUCUAUACGGUUUAGCAGGGAAACAAAAGAUUCCAUUGCAAGAACCCAAAAAUUCGAAUCCACCUUCAGGGAUUAAGACUGAGCUGCUCGGUCAUCUGUAAUAAACUUGCGAAAUGAUGAUUGCUUGUUUUCUGUAAUAGAAAACAAGGACAUAUAGCUAAUAAUCCAAUUUAAACUACUGUGUCAUUACCUUAUUAUCCAAUUUUGAAUGACAAUUUAGAUGCAAUUUGACAAAUUCUAGAGCUGAGAUUAAAGCAUUCCAAGCUUUUGAAACACGCCUAAAUUUCAAUAGAGACUUCACAUGCAGUUUUUUAAGGAUUUUCAUCAUUAUAUCAAUUCAAAUUUUGUUGUAGCAUAUGGAGCUUAGGAGGUGAAGGGUAAGGAGUCAAUUGCUGUUACUAGGGCUAUUACGCUCGUAAUACCCCUCGUGGUAACAAGGGGGUCUGCUGUUACGAGCUGUAUUGCGACGGUUAAUACCCCUUGUAAUAAUCACGUUUUGUGAGCAGGUUCUGUUAUAACAAGAAGCUUUAUGCUCGUAACAUACCUUGUAAUAUAAGUAGUUUCACAACCAAUGUUCUGCCAUUACGAUGUGUGUUACUCUCAUAACGCGUCACAGUACAUUGACUGUGUAAAUGCUCUUUCUUAUUUAAGCAAAUUAUCUCCAAUUUCUUCAUUCUAACCCUAGACUAUUUUGAAAAAACAUCCCGAUUCAACAAUAUUCUCCUCUCCUUGUGCCAAGUUCAAUAUUUUCUUCAAUAUCUUCAUCAAUCAAGGUAAGAAUCGAUCUCUUUUCUUGUUUAUUGUUGAAUUGGUGAUAACUCUUGCGCAUAUUGUGAUAUAUUGUGUAUGAAUUAAUGUUUAGUUUGGAUUUCAAUGUUGAAUAAUUAUUUAAUUGUUGGGUAACAUGAUAUAUUCAAGGGUAAUGGGUUGUGCUCCUUUAUUUGUGAUGUUCUUGAAUAUUGAGUAUGUCACCCUAGGGUUAGCAUGAAUUAUUUGAUGGUUUGAAUGAACAUCAAGUGUUAAUGGAUUGUGUGUCUAAUUGAAUUGAUAUCUUGAGUUGUUGAAGGCAUUGGAUAAUUUUUUUUAUGAUGUGUUACCAAUUGCAUUAUGAGAAUUUGUGGAUGAUAGUUGAAUUGAAUUGAUUUGAUGGGGAUUCCAAAAAGUCCUUGUUUGUGUGGAAUGUGA